AUGCACGAGGUCUACCGCUACUUUACGUCCAAGCGGAGCGGCGCGCAGACUGGGUGCGUGCGCGAGCUGGAGCACGAGGGCGCGCGCGGCAAGAGCUGCGAGGACCUGGAUAAGCUGGAGCGCCUGGUGUUUGAGCUGAUGUCCACCGGCCGCACCAAGGACCUCUAUUCCAUCCUUAAGGUCGAGUCGCAGCUCGCCGAGCGCAGGGGCGAGCACCUCGCGCCGCACGAGCCGACCGCGGAGGAGCGGCAGCACGACGACCACAUCACGCACCUCAGGGUCCGCGCUGACGAGCUGUUUGACGCGAUGGACACAAACGGCGACGGCAUCGUGGACAGGGAGGAGUUUCUGGUGGCCAUGAGCAUGCUGCGCAACGAGCUGGGCUGGGACGAGGCGGAGCUGGGCACCGUCUUUGACGCCAUCGACUGCCACGGGCACGUGUCGCGCGAGCAGUUUGCCGACAUCUUGGUGGCGGAGGAGCUCAGGGACCCAUCAGCGGACGCAGAGCUUUUGAGGCACCUCGUGCACUCGCGCCCAGCCUGGUGGAGUGAUCGCCCGCGCAACCUGGACUCGCUGUGA